AUGGGAAGUAUAAGAUCAAAAAACCUGAAUCAAAUCACGAGAGAAAUUUGGCAAUGGUGUGAGAGGCGUAAUAUUUGGAUAUUCGCUUCUUACAUUAGUUCAAAGGACAAUUUUGAAGCAGACACUGAAUCCAGAAAGUUAGAACCAGAAACAGAAUUCGAGUUAUGCAAGUCAGCUUUUAAAUUAAUAAUUGAAACCUUCGGAAAGCCGAAAAUAGAUCUGUUUGCAAGCCAUCGAGCAGAGGGAAUUAUGGUUGUACCUGAUAGGCCAACUCAGCCAUGGUACCCACUAUUUCAAUCUAUGAUAAUUUCUGAAGAGUCAUCACCCUCUCUGGAAGAGCCUUAUCCUGGUAUCCGCGAAAUUAUCAGGGAGGCCAUGUUAAGACACGGAUCUCCAGAAGAGUCAAUAAAUAUCAUGAUUGGAUCUUUAAGUUCAGCUUCUCUCAAAACUUACGACACAGCCUUGAAAAAAUGGUGGACAUUUUGUAAAAAAGAGUCAGUUGACACAUUCAAUCCCUCUAUCGCAAAAGUAAUAUCUUUUUUAACCACAGAAUACGACAAGGGUCUAUCUCGAAGUUCAAUCAACUCCACAAGAUCAGCCAUCUCCUUGAUAGUUGAUUCUCCAAUAGCAAAUGAUCCCCUGAUCAAACGUUUUUUCAAAGGUGUGUCUGGUUUAAGACCAUCAAAACCACGUUAUGAUUCCACGUGGGAUCCAAAAUUAGUACUUGACCAUUAUCGAUCUCAAUCUGAAAAUACAAAAUUAAAUUUAGAAGAUCUUUCCAAGAAAAUCAUAACACUUCUUGCUCUAGUAACGGGUCAUAGAAUUCAAACUUUUUCUUUAAUAAAUAUCGACAAUAUUAAGAUUAAAAAUGACUCUAUCGAAAUAAAAAUCCCUGAUCGCAUUAAAACAUCAAUUAAAAACAAAACUCAACCUUUGCUAAUCCUACCCUUCUAUUCGGAACAAAAUAUUUGCGUAGCGUCGGCAAUUAUUUGUUACCUAAAAAAGACGAAAAAUUUACGUAAAUCUGAAAAAAUUCUCUUUAUCUCACAUCGAAAACCUUACGAACGAGUAACUUCACAAACGUUAAGUCGUUGGGUAAAGCAAGUUUUACAAACUUGCGGAAUAGAUACAGAAAUUUUUUCUUCUCACAGCACACGUCAUGCUGCAACUUCUGCAGCUAAAAGAUUAGGCGUAGAUCUUGAUACUAUCAGGAAAACUGCAGGUUGGACUGAGAACUCCAACACUUUCGCUAGAUUUUACGACAGAAAAAUUACUGCCGACAAUCGGAAACUACAAGUUGAUCUAUUCGGAGGAGGCGCGAAAUACAAUUUAAAUCAAACUUCACAAGCUGACAGCGGUUCCACAUGUAUGUGCAGUCGCAGAGUCGUUGGUCGUUGCGAUCGUCGUACCACUAUUAUCCCAUCUACCAAGUACACUCCCUUUCAUGACGUCAUAGAGGGCAAUAUAUUGGAUAGAUGGGAUGGUAGGGAUUCGAUGGUCGCAUUGACAUUCCAAUUUCGUCUGCAUGUGGAAACGCUGUUAUAA